UUGACCUUGGUUCAAAAUUAGCAGUAUUUAAAGUCCGAAACUUAAAAUGUCCAUCAAAAAACCUCCGGCCACACUGGAAACGAUGUUCACCUCGUACGCCAAGUUCCGGCCCACGUCCAACACAUUCCAGGGUGACGGCAAGCGCAUUCUGCUGUCCCAAAGCGAUGCCUGGAUGCAACAAGCCCGGUUGAUAGGGGAGAAGCGCUUUUUCACCCUCACCGAAACGGGCGUAACGUUUUUCACCUUCAGCAAAUCAUCCCUGGACUUUGAGGAGUAUCAAGAGUUCUUGCAGAAGCUCUGCGAGUGCAAGGGCAUCGGUCUGGAGGAGGUGAAGAACAGCAUGGUCAGUUGUGGUCCUCCCGGGGUGGAUUCCUGACAGUUUGGAAGCCGUACGCUGAUUGCGUACCUGAACCACAUUAUUGGGGAUGUGCU